GCCGGCGCCCUCCCCAUCCCGCGCGGAUCGGCGUGGACACCGCCCGGUCUCCCCCGCGCGUGGCGCGUGGCCUGUAGCCCCGCCAGGCUCCGGGAGCCCCGCGGCGGCUCAGGUACCGCCCGCUGCCCCUUCCGCGCACAUCCCCGGCCCGGCUUGAGCCCCGCCCCGGCCGCGCGCCCGCCAGCUCCACUCCCUUCCGCGCCCGCCUUCAUUCCUGAUUGCGAUUUUUAAGGAUUUUUAAGGUGUCGCUGUCCGCGGGUGCCGAGCGAUAGGCAGGUCACACCCCUUCUCGCCCGGGAUCGCCUGCCCACUAGCCGGCCCCACCUGCUCCAUCGGCUGGGAAGCAGCCCGCGCAUCCCGGGUCGCCACGCGGGGUCGCCACACGGAGUCUCCACGCGGCGCCGGGGCGGGGGUCCCGGCUGGGUGUGACAAGGCCUGCCGGGCCGCGGCCAGUGCCCGCUGUCCCCGCUGCUGCGAGCGCUUAUCAGGGUGGCUGUGGGCGUCUCCAGGAGCAAGGGACGGGCAGAGCGGAUCGCACCGCUCCUGUAGACAUGUGAGCAAGGAGUUCGCACCUGCUUUGGGUGAGCCCUGCGCUGUGCCCGCCAGCCGGAGCCCAGAGGAGGCACCUGUCCCAGCUGAGCAGGAUGGGCCCUAGGGGAAGGCAGAGCCCCAGGCCCCCACUGGCCCCUGCCCAGCGCCCUUGGCUCUUCCUCCUGCUCUGCCUGCGCCUGGGCGCCUCCUGCCCACAGGCCUGCAAGUGCCCUGACCAUACAGGGCCUGUGGCCGUGCACUGCAGUGACAGCGGCCUGCAGGAGGUCCCUGGGGACAUCCCCGCCGACACCGUGCUCCUGAAGCUGGAUGCUAACAGGAUCUCCCGUAUCCCCGACGGCAUCUUCCAGCACCUGCACCAGCUGCGCGAGCUGGACCUGUCCCACAACGCCGUGGAGACCAUUGGUCCUGCUGCCUUCUCUGGCCUGGCUGGCGGCCUGCGGCUGCUAGACCUGUCACACAACCGCAUCCGGAGGAUCCCCAAGGACGCCCUGACCAAGCUGGGUGCCGAGAUUCGCCUGUCCCACAACCCGCUGCACUGCGAGUGCGCCCUGCAGGAGGCGCUGUGGGAGCUGAAACUGGACCCCGACUCCGUGGACGAGAUGGCCUGCCACACCUCCGCGCAGGAGGAGUUCGUGGGCCAGCCGCUGAUCCAGGUGCUGGACUCAGGCGUCAGCCUCUGCAGCACUCAUCACAAGACCACAGACGUGGCCAUGCUGGUCACCAUGUUUGGCUGGUUCACCAUGGUCGUCGCCUACAUCGUGUACUACGUGCGGCACAACCAGGAAGACGCCCGGAGGCACCUGGAGUACCUGAAGUCCCUGCCCAGCGCCCCCGUCCCCAAGGACCUCGGCAGCCCUGUGCCCUAGUGCUUGUGGCCUGCAGGCCACCGUCCUCCAGCUGCCGUGGACUUCCUGGCAGGUAGAGACUAUGUGUACUUUUGCUGUCCCCAGGGAGAUGGGCGUGACUGCAGCUUUGGCCCAGAGCUGGAGUUUGGCAGGUUCCUUCAUGUGCUGCCCCUGGCCACUCGGUGGGGGCGGAAACCGAGUUUUGGAGAAGUGUGGACUCUCACACCACAGCCACGAUGUGGUCCGGCUGGGACAGGAACCCAGGCUGCCUGUGGUGACAUCCGUGCCCCGGCCACCCUGCCAGCCACUCCCAGGGCUGCCUUUGGGACGCAGAUACACAAGCAGUGGCUUGUCUUUGUGUGACCCUGAGGCCCCUGGCACUGAAGUGUGUGUCCCACUUCCAGAGCAAAGUCCUGGGGACCCGGUUCCCCAGGGAGGGGGAGGGCCGAGCUUGCCCUGAACUUGGCUCUCAGUGCUGGAGUGACCUUGGCACCGAGGUUUCAGUGCACUGAAGGGGAAAACACGGAGAAAACCAGAGAAAGGUCCAGACACACACGGCCCUGCCCGCGUCCGCUCUGGCUGUGCCCGCUCGGUGGAAGGAAGGCCUGGACUUGGUCACUGCCGUGCCUUGCUUUUCUACGCGCUAAAAUCCCAAACGGCCCUUCUCAGAGGACGGGAGGACCGAGGUGUGACCUUUCCUGGCUAACCCACCGGAUGCUGCUUUUCCUCGGCAACAGGAAUCUUCUCUGUUCACCUCUACUGCCAGUAAUCUCAGAGCACAUUUACUGCUCGGUUUUCUUACCUGUGUUACUUCAUGUUCAGGGUAGAUGCUACUUCCACCUAUACGGCUCUAAUUUUACUUUUUACUGUCUUUUUUGUAUGCGUGUUUAUAUUUAAACUACUUCAAAUAUCUUCUUGAGGGGUGGCAAA